UUUUGACACUAGACAGGGUAUUCUUCCAUAGUUCUAUUACUGUGCAGCCUAUCCUUGCUUUGCCCGAACCCACAGGGCUCUCAAGCCCAUGUAUUGGUUCGCCUGUGAUCAGGACAUGUGCGGCUGUGCCUCACAAUCGGUGGCCUCAUACUUUCCCCUCCUCGCUACUACUAGUGCCUCGUAGCUCAGGAAAUGGCUGUGUAACUCCCCCACAACUGCGCGCUUAUUCAGACUUCAGAACAGAUAUAUUGAAAAGCCAUUGCAACCUGCGGCAUCCUGAUGUAAGCCGUGUUCAAUUGCGUUCCGUCUCUUGUAGGACAGCUCCCGAGUCACCAACGAAGAUAGGAAGACUGGCGGCCCUAACAAGCAUCCUUCUAGGAAUAUUCUUGACCAUGGCGUUGCUAGGCACUGUUCUGGUGCUAACACUGCUCCAGCCACUGGUCCACUCUGCGGAUUUAACGACCUAUGUAAAUCUCUUCCUGGGUACUGAAGGUGGAGGAAAUGAUUUCCCUGGUGCCGCUCGACCGUUCGGCAUGGUCAAGCUGGGUCCUGAUCUAUUCGUCUCAGGGACAGACGCCUAUUCUGGCUACCUGCCCAAUGGCCAAUUUUCUGGCUUCAGCAUGAUGCAUGAGCAAGGCACAGGAGGAGCGCCCAAGUACGGAACAGUUUCACAGCUGCCCUUGGUAGGAAACAUCAGUAAUCCUCUGUCAAACAAGACUGUCGCCCGGAAGGGCACAGAUAAAGCGUCGGUCGGCUAUUACAAGGCGCAGACAUCGGAGGGAACCAUUGUCGAGCUGACCGCAUCAGCUCAUGCAGGAAUGUAUCAAUAUACAUUCCCCACUGGAUCCACAGGAAAUGUCCUGGUUGAUGUCUCUCAUGUCCUUCCUUCGUUUCGAGGACAGGGACUAGGCCAAGGGUACAGAGGUGGAAACAUCACUCUUUUCCCCGACGGGCAUUAUGAAGGCCAGGGAGUGUAUGAUAAUGGCUGGAAUCGUUCACCCGAUUGGUCGAUCUAUUUCUGUGGCUAUUUCGAUGCUGCUCCAGUUCGUAACAAAACAUAUAUCGCAACUGGUGCGGGAGAUAGCGUCGAACAACCCAGUGGAUUUGCAUCUUCAUCCUCGAGCACAACGCGCAUUGGAGGAUUGUUUACCUUCGAGCAAUCUGUAGUUACUUCGCGCGUUGGCAUCUCAUGGUUAUCCACAGAAAAAGCAUGUAAAAAUGUCCAAGAAGAGGUUCCGGAGGGAACAGAAUUCAAGUCAGUUGUUCAUGAUGCCCAGGCGGAAUGGAGCUCCAAAGUCUUGUCCAAGGUGAUUACAACGAACACGAACGAGAAAAGUCUCACCUUGUUAUACACAUCCCUCUACUUCAUGCAUCUAAUCCCAACCAAUCAGACCGGGGAGAACCCCGACUGGACGUCUUCAGAGCCGUAUUAUCAAGAUAUCUUCACUUACUGGGAUCUUUUCCGCUGUUCUACCGCUCUCAUGCAAGUACUGCAGCCCGCAGCAUAUGAAGAACAGAUCCGCUCUUUGAUUGACAUCUGGCGGUUUGAAGGUUAUCUCCCCGACGCUCGCUCAUCGAAUUACAAUGGAAGAACACAAGGUGGUUCAAAUGCUGACAAUAUCCUUGCCGAUGCUUAUGUGAAGGGCGUGCGAGGGGCUGUUGACUGGGAAGAUGGGUACCGGGCAAUGGUGAACGAUGCCGAAGUGGUUCCGCCAAACGAUCCGGCCGACCCUAUGGCGCCAGACUCCUCGACCAAAGAGGGACGAGGUGCGCUGUCCGACUGGCUUAGUCUCGGGUUCAUCACACCCAAAUUCAGCCGCGCUGUCACUCGGGCGGUCGAGUAUGCUUGUAACGACUUUGGUCUCUAUCAGGUCGCAUCCGGUCUUGGGAAGCAUGAAGAUGCAGACAAAUACCUGAACCGAUCACAAAAUUGGAGAAACCAUUGGAAUCCAAAACAGACCUCGCUGGGAUUUUCGGGCUUUGUGGUUCCACGUGACACCACCGGGUUCAUCGAAACGGAUCCACUGAAGGACAGUGGCUACUGGGGGGAUCCUUUCUACGAGGCUAGCUCAUGGGCAUACUCCUGGGCAAGUGUUCACGAUAUGGAGCAUAUGAUUGAGAUGAUGGGCGGGGCCCAGACUGUCCUCAAACGUUUGGACACCAUGUUCACCGAAGGAGCCAGCGGCUCUAGUGGCAUAAUCUUCGAUCCCACCAACGAACCUAUGUUUAAUAUCCCAUAUCUUUACCACUACAUCGACCGGCAGGACCUAUCGGUUUCCCGAUCGCGCAACAUUGCAAAGACCUAUUAUGGUACUGGGGUAAAAGGUCUCCCCGGUAACAGCGACGCUGGCGCCAUGCAAACGUGGCUCAUAUGGAAUAUGAUUGGUCUAUAUCCCAUCACGGGGCAAUCGACUUUUUUGGUACAUUCUCCGUGGUUCGAGUCCUUGACGAUUGAGCUUGGAGACGGGAAGAAGUUAGAGAUCACCGCGACCGGCGGCGACGGCAACGGCGACAGUAAAAUCCAUGUGCAGAGGCUUCGGUUGAACGGAAAAGAUUGGAAGAAGAACUGGUUCACGUGGGACGAUAUUUUUGCCCAGGGAGGAACCAUAGAGUUCGAGCUUGGAGAGGCUGCGAGUGACUGGUUCACCGGCGAGUUGCCACCCAGUCCUGCUUCGUGAAGUUGAUAUACUUGCACAACUUUUGUCUUUGACACGUGAUUGUAAAUAGAUAUAUUCACACAUACCCUGUAUAGAUAUGACUAGCUCGCCAUAUUACUAUUUUAAUGGCCAGAAACACUCUCCGUGCCACAGCUCCUUAGCAGAUGUGGA